AAACCCUCACCCCGCUAGCCUUCCCCGCUCCACCCCGUUCACCCUAGCCAAACCGUACGGCACAUGGUACCCUUACACAUGUCACCGCUAGGUGACUCUAAUAUUAUUACCCUUGUCUUUUUCAAGUGCAGCUUAUAUCGUCUUCCUUUUCCCCCAUUUUCUCAAAAUCGCCACUUCUUUUUUUAAUUAUUAAUUAAUAAUUAAUAAUAAUGAUCCAAACCCACCCACUUCGAUAGCGAUCAAUCCACCCGAAUAACACCUGCAGCCAAGCUUCUUUCAUGCUCUAAACAUUCUACUUUCAUUCAGAAAUGGAAAUCAUUACAGAGAAGACAAUGACAGAUAAAACCCUACGUGAUGAUCCUCAGAUGAUCUUGAAACCUAGUGUAGAGGAAGCCGUUGGUGGUUUGGGACCGGUGGUUGUUACGACCCCAGACGUCGAAAAAACUGAGGUUUCGGUUGUUAAGAUGGUUCAAGAAGAAGCAGGGGUAGUUAAUGAGGCUGCUAGGAAUGAGAAAGAAGGGGUUUUUGGUAAUUUGGAGGGUGAAGAUGAGGGUAUGAAGGUAAAUUGCAGUGAGAAUGGUAUAUCUAUGGUUAUGGAUGUAGAGGGUUCUUUGGGAGGUGAAAAUGGAAGUGAUAUUAAUGCGGUUUUGGAAGAGAAAGCCGGUGAUUUGGCUGACGAGCGUGACGGAAAUGCAAGUGCGGAUCCGAUGGACAUUUGUUCAUCUAAGCAAAAUGAGAUGAAUGUUGUCAACGGAGCUAACUUCAGUCAAGUGUUUGAAAUCUUUGGAAAUCUUGCGUCGAACGAAGAGAUGAACGAGAAUGAUGAGGAAAAUGUCGAGAACGGGGAAGGUAAAGGCGAUGAAUACCAUAGGGAACGGACUGAAAGUGAAGAUCAUGAUGGUUCUGUGUUGCAGGAAGAGUUGAACAAGAACGAUGAAGAAAAUGUCGAGAACGGGGAAGAUAAAGGCGAUGAAGAAUGCAAUAGGGAACGGGCCGAAAGUGAGGAUCACGGUUUUAUUGUUGGAGAUUUUGUGUGGGGCAAAGUCAAAAGUCACACGUGGUGGCCUGGGCAGAUAUACGACCCGAGUGAUGCAUCUGAUCAUGCGGCUACUUUGAAAAGUGAAGGUCAACUCUUGGUUGCAUAUUUUGGGGACAGGUCAUUUUCUUGGAGUUCGCCAUCACAGUUGAAACCGUUUAUUGAUAACUUUGAAGAAAUGUCGAGGCUGAGUGACGCCAAAAAGUUUGUGAAUGCGGUUCAGAAGGUCCUGGAAGAGGUUGGUAGGCGUGUGGAGGCGGAAUUGAUGUGUAAAUGUCAAACCGCCAAUGUUACUAAAAAUGCUGGUGUGGUCAACAACGGGAUUAAGAAAGGUGCGCGUGCACCAAAAGGGAAUACGAUUAAGGUUUUGGUGGAUCGAAUCGACCCAGUGGAACUUGUUUCAACUUUGAAAUGUUAUGCUACGAUGGAGCCGGGUACAAGACUGGAUGAGCUUGAACUCACCGUACUGAAAAGUUGUUUGCGCGCUUUUUAUACUAAAAAAGACGGUAUCUUGUUGGUUGAUUACCAUGAUCCAAAAUGCAUUGAAGGUCUUGAAGAGGGGAUGAGAAGCGGCGGCCCAUUGGAAAGUCCAAGGAACGGUGAUGAUAAGUUGUAUCAAAAAAGGAAGCAGAAGAGUGUGGCGGAGUUGAUGGGCGAAGAUGAAUCUAAAGUCAAGAAAGCAAAAAUGACUAAAGAUGGAGGGUUAAAAGAAAUCAAAAGGAAGGCGUUGGUGGUGUCGGUAACACCCGAAAACAACCACGAAAGUGGCGACGGCGGUUUUGAAGAAGAGACAAUGUCACCUCGUCAAAGGAAGAAGAGCAGGUAUCUUUCACCGCCUUACUUAAGCCCGAUUGGGAUCGGGAGCGGGAAGCUUUCACUUUUAGGACCAGGUACAGGUUCAGGCUCCUUCAAAGAACCAAAACCCGAACCUGAGAAAGUUCCGGAAAUGGCUGCCAAACAGCUUGAGGAUUCAUUGAAGAAGAGCAGUGGGAAGAAAGCUCGUGAAAAGAGACGUGUGCGUGAAGGGUCUGAUCCUCAAGAACAUAAGAAGACGGAUGCUGCUGUGAGCGUUGGCAAGCUGUUAGACGGCCUGUUACGUGCUGCCCUUGAUCCUUCGUAUUUUGUGCAAAAAGAUAAGAACCUUCCGACAAUCACGGAGCUUGUUUCAUCCUUCAGGAGCUCCAUCUAUAAAGAAGGGUCCGGCAACCAGAGUGGUAAAGAGAAAGACGAGGAAGACACAUCGGAGCUCACAUUCAUCAAGCAGAAGCUGGAGUGGAUGAGUGAAAUGGUGAAGGUGUGUGGAGAGAGUGAAAUGAAUGCAGAUGUUAAGGCAAGUUUGGAAGGAGGUUUACAAGAGGUUCUUGGAAAGGUUGUUAAAAUGAGGGGGAAGUGAGUUUUAGAAAUUUGAAGGAUUAAAAAUAGAUAAUUUGUUUGCCUUUUCUCUUUGAUGACUUUUUUGCUUUUGCUUAUCGAUAGAUUAAUCUUCAUUUUGAAGUUAUUGUCUUAA